GAGAAGGAGCGGCGCGCACGCGAGCGAGGAACGCGGCCCGGAUGCGUUUGACAUGAACAAAAGAAAGGCUGCCGUCAUCCCCUACAUACACGGGUUCUCCCGUGUAUCAGCUGUGGCGUUUCACUGACAUGUAAUGGCUGCACGGUUUCUAUCUUUAUUGAUUUGUCAUGUCUGGCGGCGCAAUGACUUGUUGCUUGAAGAAGAAAGGUGCUAGCGAGGGCCAAAAUUCAUCGCUGGAAUCAAGCACAGUCGGCUUGGACAUUACACCUAGGAAAGCGGAUGAAACUUGCAGCAUGUCGGCCUGCGCAUCGGGCACAGACCGACACCAUCUCGGAAGCAACACACGGUGGCACACACAUAGACGCCCCAUUGCACUGCGCCAAGGGUGGGUGGUCUGUGGCCGACAUCCCCAUCGAGCGUCUUAUGUACGUGCCCAUUGUGAAGAUAGACAUUCGGCCACAGGCGGAAGCUGAUCCCAACUACAGUGUCACUGUGUCCGACAUACGGGACUGGGAAAAUCGCCACGGAAGAGUUCCUGAUGGCUGCCUCUUUUUGGUCGAAACGGGACAGUGCAGAUUCUGGCCCAAUCGGACGGCAUACAUGGGACUGGACGAAAACGGAGACCGACACUUUCCCUCCAUCACACCUGAAGCAGCCACGUUUCUGACAAGCGAGCGGCGGCCAUACGGUAUGGGCCUGGACGGGCCUUCGCUGGAUCACUACCCGGAGCUCAACGUGCACAAAAUCCUUGCCGCUGCUAGCUUGUACACCACCGAGAACUUGGCCUGUCUCUCAAGUGUUCCGGCCACGGGGGCGAUUGGCGUUGUCCUUCCCAUGAAAAUACCAGGUGCUAGUGGAGCUCCCGUGCGCGUUGUGGCAACGCUACCCUAAGCCCUAACACGAACUUUGCUGGUUCCUCCACAUCUCUGUGCAACGCGCACCUGCUACAGAGGAAGGAUGUUAAAUAAGAAAAUAACAAAAAGAGAAAGAAAACAACACAAGGACUUGGGUCCGAGUUUGCAAGUAUUUUGGAUCGCAAUUUGAUGUUUGCCCUAAGCCGGGCGUUCUGUAUAUGUAUACAUUACAAUUGGCUGGCACUUGCUCUCACGAAAAUCUCUAGCAAUUACGAACAUUUUUCGUGAUAGCCAGCCCUGGCAUUCUUUUAAUUUCAGCACAGAUUUUUUCACCUCACCUACUUUUAUACAAGGAUUGAUUCAGAGAAGAAUAAAGUGGGAAAUAUGCUUUCGAUGUUGCAACGAUCGCCUUGAGAAUGGAAUUAAAGAUUUGGGUGUAU